CAAGCAGUUCAGUGUGGAAGCGAAAUCCAGUCAAAGUCAAACAGUACGACACUGUUGUCGUGAGCAGACGUUUAACGCGCUUUUAUUUCCCGCCAAGUGUAUUUUGUCAGUGUUUAAAACCGUUACUUGCUAAGAGCCAAUUUGAUUUGCAAAAGUUUCAUUGAGUAAAUAAAAAAACAACGUAAACAAAAAACGAAAAUGGCCAGCAUCUCAGAGAAUCUCAUGGCUCAUGUUGCCGAAACUUUGCCCUCGGGAGGAAACAAAGUAUCCGUUGUCGGUAUUGGCCAAGUUGGCAUGGCCUGUGCAUUCAGUAUUCUCGCUCAGGGUAUCUCCAACGAAGUUUGCCUUGUCGAUGUGUGCAAGGACAAGUUGCAAGGUGAAUUGAUGGACCUGCAGCAUGGCUCGAAUUUCCUCAAUAACCCGAAAAUUACUGCGAGCUCCGAAUAUUCAGCGACUGCCGGCUCACGUCUAUGCAUUGUGACAGCCGGUGUACGCCAAAAGGAAGGCGAAUCACGUUUGUCGUUGGUGCAACGCAACACUGAUAUUCUGAAGCAUAUCAUUCCCAAUUUGGUGAAACACUCACCCGACACCAUUUUGUUGAUGGUAUCCAAUCCUGUGGAUAUUAUGACUUAUGUUGCCUGGAAAUUAUCCGGUCUACCAAAGAAUCGUGUCAUUGGCAGUGGCACCAAUUUGGAUUCAUCACGUUUCCGCUUUUUGAUGUCACAACGUUUAAAUGUAGCGCCCACCUCUUGCCACGGCUGGAUCAUCGGUGAGCACGGUGAUAGCUCUGUGCCUGUAUGGUCAGGUGUGAAUGUUGCCGGUGUACGUUUGCGUGAGUUGAAUCCCACCAUUGGCACCACCGAAGAUCCGGAAAAUUGGGAAGAAGUACACAAGAAGGUCGUCGAUUCGGCCUACGAAGUAAUCAAGUUGAAGGGUUACACCUCAUGGGCCAUCGGCUUGAGUUCAGCUGCGCUAGCUUCGGCUAUUUUGGGCAACUCAAGUAACGUCGUUGCUGUCUCAACUUCGGUGCAGGGCCAACACGGUAUUGACAAGGAUGUGUUUUUGUCGUUGCCAUGCGUUUUGAAUGCCAACGGCAUCACCUCGAUCGUCAAGCAGAUACUCACACCUAUGGAAAUAGAGCAAUUGCAGAAAUCGGCCAAUAUUAUGGAUCAAGUGCAGGCUGGCAUUAAGUUCUAAGUCGUUAUUGCAAGAAGAAGAAUUCAGAGCAAACUGUGGAUAUACAUACAUACAUACAUAUGAGAGUUAGAAGGGAAAGAGGAAAACAAGAAGAAGAAGAAAUGACAGAGUAGAAUAUUUGUAAAUUAAGCUUUUACGCUGAAAGAACUUACAAAAGUAUUUAUUUAAUUAAUGUGUAAUAAGAAAAUCUCGGGGCUAUUACUUAUUUCUAGCCAAAUUCAAUCUGAAUUGCUUUAACUUAUACAUACAUACAUACAUACUACAUACGCUUUGUACAUCAUUAAUUUAUGUGUUUAAUUUUAAUUGUUUUUAUUUCAAUGUUCCUUGUCCCAAAAUGCGAAAACAUACAAAUAAAAUAGUACUUUUUAGUUUAAUCAAAUUGAAA